AUGUUCCCGCUGAGCGCAGCCGCCUAUUCGGAUCAGCCCCAACUGUGUCUCGAUCGACUGUUCCCCAACUCAACACAAACCAUCUCAGCACUUAGUUAUAGUGUUGUUGAUUACAACGACUGUGGGAUAACUGUUGUGAAGUGGGCGGACACAAGCAGGAAUCUGGAGCCUGGACAAAACCGUUAUGGGUUCACGUCGUCUAUUAGCGAGGAAACAUAUUCGAAUACUCGCUCAUCGCUGCAUGAGGCGGAAAGGCGGUGUGGUGACGGGAUUGAUGCAGCGCUGUUGAUGUAUAUAUAUUUAGUUAUGUCUCUGUCUGACGUCGUCAUCGGCAACGUGGUGAGUCCUUGCCUAACUUUGGUUCUUGCUGCGGCUACGACUGCGGCUUUGCAUUCCGUUGUGAUGGACCUGUUGAUCAAGUUCCUCCCAAUUCUCGAGAAUGAAACAACCUCGUGGUUCUACGGAGGAAGGAUUUCGAGGUACUUCAGCGAAGCAUUCUCCAACAUUUGGUUCGAUGGAAUGGGUGAAGAUUUCCUCACUCUACGGAAGCAGUAUCCCGAAUCACUGGUCAUUCCCUCGGAGGUUCAUUGGCAUCCCUUGGCAGCAUCGUUCUUGGUUGGAUCCGGCAUGGCUAAGCCAGGCAAAGUCAAGCUGGUGACAUUCGGCCAACCCAGAACUGGUGACCGCAACUUUUCAGAAACUAUCAACAAGUUAGACUACGCGUUCCGUGUGACUCACUGGAGAGACAUCGUUCCUCACAUUCCCAUGGGCUCACUCGGUGGAUACUUCCAUCACAGGCAAGAGGCUUUUUAUGGAGAUGAUAUGAGACCAGACAAUUUCAAGAUCUGCACAGAGGGAGAAGCCGUCGAGUGCAGUGAUGGGCUGUGGUUCACCACGAGCAUCGACGCACACACUCACUACUUUGGACACUAUGUGUCAGACUACGGGAGAAGCGGCUGCGCCAACUGA